AUGCCGACUCCUCAGCCUACGCCUCCCAAGAACCUGCGCAACACGUACAUCGCGCCCCAAGCGCCCUACCUCAAACCGAUCCUCAUCUGUGGCGUCAUCAUGGCGCUGUCCUCGCGCCGCGAAGUCAUUUCCCCUGGCUCGCCUCUGUACGACUACGCUCUGUCGCGGCUGUCCGCCAACGGCCUCAAGUACGCUUCGUGGGCGCAGAGCGGGCUGUUCUACUUCUUGUUUGGCGCGCAUGCAAUUGAGACGGCUGUGUUUACGAAGCGGCUGAGCAAGCAUGGAGUCGAGGUUUUGAGCGCGAGUUGGUGGAAGUGGAUGGCCACGUGCUUCGUGGGCGGCAAGUACUGCUUUGUGCAUUUUGAUCGCUUGGUGGGCAAGUUCGAUUAG